GAUCUUUGCCGUCGAUGUCGUCGGGACGCCCAGGCACGAGCUCUGGCCAACGCCCUGGCACUGGGCAACGUCCCGGCACGGGCUCGCAGCAGCCGCUGAAUGCCGUGAAUUCGCGUCCAGGGACCGGGCAGCGCACUGCUCUGCAGUCUUCUGGUGGCGGUCGACCGCUUACGAGCCGACUCGGCACGGGCCAAGUGCCAGCGACACCUGGCCAGUCGGCAGGGUACGGCGUGAGCUUAAACACUGAAGUUCAAGUGACGGACCGCCCCGUGACUCAGCAAGGGAUGAUGGGAAUGCGCGUGAUGACGGCGGGGCCUGGGCGUCAGGUGCAAGAUGCGUCGUACUUCACAGGGCGACUGCAUCAAAAGACGGCCGAAAUCACGGCCGAGAUCGACAAGAUCAAAAAAGAAAUCGACCAGGACGCCAAGGACAAGAGCCAGUACACCCAGCUUGAGAAAAAAUACGAGCACUUGGCAAUCGAAGUGCGCGACUUGGAGGGGCAACUCGCGGACUACAACCUCGCCAUGGACAAGCUUCGCAGCGCGACGGACCCCGACGAAAUUCGGCAAGUCCAAGAGCAGCUACGCCACCGAAACAUGAAAGAAGCCGAGGAAGUCGACAGGAUCUUUAUCAUGCGCCAGGAGCAGGAGCGCACGACCAAGCACUUUGAAGACGAGAUCAACGCCAUUCACAUGCGACAGCAGGACAAGAUCAACCAGUUGGCGCCAAACAAGCUGGAAAAGUACCGGGCAUUGCUCGAAGAAAACCACCAGGGAGAGGCAGAAUUGGAGGCGAAAUCGCAGGAACUGGACAUGCUCAUGCAAACGAUCCGGGCCAAAGAAGACGAGCUCGGGAUGGACAAGUUUCGCGACGAGUACGACCAGCUCGAACGUCAGGCGAUGCGGCUCAAGAGCGAGUGUAAAACCAUUCAAGCCGACCUCAAAACGGCCCAGAUGGACCCCACGGAAGCCCGCAACAUGCUCCUGGCGCGGGUCAAGGACGACAAGGCCAAGAUGGAGCAGGUUGAGAAACAAAUCGCUGCGGCCGACGAAGAGAACGCCGGACUGAAGAAGGCGCUGAACGAAGUCAAACUCGAGCUCGAGGAGCGCAAGAACGACGGCCCGGACAGCAACGCCAGUCAAAAGUACGACAUGCUGUACCAGCGCGACCAAGAAAUGACGGCCUUCAUGGACUCGUUUGACGAAAAGAAGGAUAAAGAGCUCGAGAACCAGCGCCAGUCCCAAGCGAUGAUCGUGCGCCUGCUCGAGCACAUCUCGUCUGGGCUGAAUCGCCAGGACAAGAUGCCGACUGCGUCCAAAGUCGAAGAAAUGAAAACAGACUUGACGUUCAAGGAGCGGCAGCUCGAGUCGGCGCAAACGACGAAAACGCGGCUGAGCAUGGAGCUGUCCAAGCGCCAGGCCGAGCUGGAAAAGGUCAACACGCUUGACGCGAAAAUCUCCGUCGAGCUCAAUUCGCUCUCGUCGAAAAUGCAAACCAUGGAGAGCGACAUGGACGGGUUCCAGAACAUCGAAGCACUCAAGGAAACCCACGCGACGACCAAACAGUCGCUGCUCAAGUUUAAGCAGCAGUACAUUCGCCGCCGUGACGCGAUGAAAUCGCAGGUGAACCUCCUCGCGGCGCAGUACGAAAACGUCAAGCACCAACUCAGCAACAACGAUACCGCCAAGACGCUUGACUCGCUGGAGCAAAAGCUGCGCCACCACGAGCAAAACAUCUUCCACUUGAGAGAGUAUAUCGAGACCAAGACCCGCGAAGUCGAGUACGACAACGUCAAACAGGACUGCCUCAAGUGCCUCACGGAGCUCAACACGAUCCGCAUCAAGGCCCAGGGCGUUUUCGAAGCAAAGGGGUACUAAGUGGCGCCGCCCACUAUCUGAACCGUGUCCCAUGCCGGCCACGUGAAACCAGCCGAUGCCCACCAAGUCGUUCACACGUGCCGUUAGAGUAAUAAAUACACAUUGGCCCCUCUCAA